GCCGAAGGGAGCUUUAAUUACCUAAUUAGACUUUUCAAUGAAACGAUUAGUUCACUCCCGGGUGAUUUCUACAUUUGUCAUCACAGGCCACAUCUCAUCAGAUAAGACAAUCCACUAGCGGAAUACCGCCGCGGUCGUAGCCUUGCAGGGGCUUGAGAUUAGCUGAUCCAUCUGCUGGGCUGUUCGCUGGGUGUCUCGCGUGGCCUAAUGCCGAUGAUGCCCAGCCCUGUAGAUGUAGUACGUAUAUCGUCGUGUUUCCCAGAUUCAGGAAAGAUGAACCACUCUGGCGCAUAUCAUACGAUCCUUCUCGUUCCAGACUCUUGGGUGCUGCUCUUAAAUCGUCUCGAUUUCCUUCUGUUUGGAGCAUCUCACUAGCGCAAUAGUCGUGCAGAUUCACAAUGGAGAACAAUUCAUCAACAUUCGACGUCGAUCUGGUUAUCGUCGGUGGCGGCCCAACAGGUUUACUGUCGGCCGUUCUUGCCAGAGCCCUGGGACUCUCAGUGUACAUCAUCGACGCCAAGGAUGGCGCCUUGAAGCUCGGCCGCGCAGAUGCCCUAAACGCCAGAACCCAACAAUACCUCGAAGUGACGAAAACCUUGCCCUUCCUCGAGCCCUUUGGCUUGAAAUGCAACACAAGCUCGACAUUCGAAGCGGGACAGUUUACCUCUCAACAAAACCAAUGGUGGACAUCGCUGAAACACACCCAUCGUCCCAACUUCCUCAUGAUCGGCCAGUCACAGGUUGAGGAGGCUCUCCUUCACCAACUUGACAUCCCGGUCGACUAUAACUCGCAGGUCAAUGGCAUCGAAGAGACCACGUCCGGCGUUGUAGUAACAACAGACAAAGGAAGGACAAUAGCAGCCAAGUAUGCCAUUGCGGCAGACGGUGCGCGCUCGUUCGUGCGCACCACCCUGGGGAUACCCUUUACUGGAACCAAGCCCGAGAUGGUCUGGGCCGUUCUGGACACCUUUAUUGAGACGGACUUUCCGGCCUGUCCUGAGAUCAUUACCUUUCAGAAGGAUGGACAAUCGCGCGUUGCGUGGAUCCCUCGCGAACGUGGUAUGAACCGCUUCUACAUCCUGCUCGAUGGAGAAAUCACACAGGAAAAUGCGGAAGCCUCCAUCCGAGACCAUAUGGCUCCACACAAGGUUGAGUUCAAGAAGACUGAGUGGUUUAGUACGUUUGAAAUCAAGGAAAGAGUAGCGAGCACUUUCAUUUCCAAGGAUGGAAAUGGUCGCAUUUUGCUUGCAGGCGAUGCCGCCCACGUUCACGCCGUCAACGGCGGCCAGGGUCUGAAUACCGGUAUCGCGGACGCAUUCAACCUCAUAUGGCGGGUCGCCUUUGUGGCCAAGGGACAUGGAGGUUCUACGCUCCUGAAGAGCUACGAUGAAGAGCGUCGUGCCACAGCCUCGGCCGUUAUUGACGUUGCUGCAAAGUUGGUGCGGACCACCGUCAAGACUGCUUUGGAGUAUGUUGAAAUCAUUGAGAAGAAUGCGGGCUACAUUACAGGCAUGGGAGUCUCCUACUCCUCUACUACCCCACUGGUGGUCGACUCCAGCUACGGCGACUUCACUGCUGGGAACCGUUGCCCGGAUCUCUGGGUUACCAAGCUUCCUCUAGGAUCAUCUCAGGCCAAUGCCGAAGAGCAGUCUCAGACUCGGUUAUACGAGUUGUUUGGGUAUGGGAGAUUCAAGGUUCUGUUCAUUGGGAAUGAGAAGCCUGCCUCUUUUGACCAGGCUAUUGAGCUGCAGCAGAAAGCAGAGAUAUGGCAUAUCCAUAACCAAGAUCAUCGUCUCACUACCCUUACACAUGAGUUCCGUGCGGAAUGGGUGAAGAGCGACGAAGGCGCAGUGGUGGUUGUCAGACCGGACUUGUAUAUAGGGUAUGUGGGGAAGGAUUGGGUACAGUAUCUGGCGUCGGUAUUCAGUUGAUAGAGAGUUUGGACAAUGUACAUGCACGUUUGAG